AUGAUGAGUCGGGCGGACUUCGACUUUUUUUCGACUGACUUAGGCCGUGUCGGAUCAUCAAAAAUUGGCGCGAUUAGGAGCUCUGGGUAUAUGCUUUGUUACAUCAAUAGUACAAUAAAUCCAAUGUUGUAUGCCCUAUGUAAUAGUACUUUUCGUAGAACAUUUUCUAGAAUAUUGCGCUGUGAAUGUCAUCGUCGUCAUACAACCCAACCACAUGUCAUACGUCAACCAUUUCAUUUUCAUGGAAAAAAUGUUAAAUCAAAAUAA